CGAUGGAUUGCGCACGCGCCUACGCGUUUCCUAGCAACGGCGUGUGUUUGCAUCUCUAGUUCCAGGCUGAAGGCUUGCUGUGCGGUAGAUAAACAAAUCACAAAAAAACAACACCGUUAGUUCUGCGUACAAAGUUGGUUAAAGGACCUGUAAGUGACAUCUGACCGAAAUGGACCGAGUGGAGUUGUUAUCGGACCGUAUCGAGGCCGUUCGUUUGGACAAGAGGAGAAACCGAGAGCUGCAGCGACAAGAGCGCGUUUUUAACGCCAAAGUCCGGACUAUAGGAAUUGACCAAGAAGCGCUUCAGCAUCAGGUGCAGGAAAAGAAACAGCAACAAGAAUCACUGGCCAAAGAGCUGAAGGAAUAUGCUGACGACCUCAUACACACUGACCGUAUAGUAUUACUCCUGGAGAGCAGGCAGAAGGAAGAGGAACGUCAACUAGCGGAGGCCAUUGUGAACUUCCGCCAGCAGUUCCAGCAGCCUAGCAGCAGGCGAGAGUUUGAUCUGAAUGACCCCGAAGUGCUGAAGAAGCAGGAAGGGGCACGCAUUUUGCCUGGACUGGCAGGCGAGGAUCUAGACAGUGGAGACAGGACACAGAGACAGCGAGAGCAGCUGAGAGACUGGAGCUUACAGCAGCAGCAGGAGCUGGACCAGGCGAAGGAGUUGCAAAGGCUGCAAGCUCAGCAGUACGACCAAAGUAAACUAACGAUGGAUAACAAAGCCAUCGAGCUGCAGAAGAUGGACGAAGAGCACCAGAGAGGCAUCAACAUCGCCAUCAAGGACUUUAAUCGAGCUCUGGCAGAGGAAUCGCAAGAGCGGAGAGAAAGAGAGCGACAUCAGGAAGAAGAGAACAACCAAACUGACAUCCUGAACCAACUGCAGGGGGAUCUGCUUGACGAGACGCCUGAGCCAUACACCAGAGGACGCAGGGACUGCUACAAGGGCAUGACACAGGAGCAGUACCGCGAAUACAAAACGUGUCAGCGGGAGCAAGCUGCAGAGAAAAGGCGUGCUCGCAUGGAGCAGAAGAGAGUGCAGCUACAGGAGUACCGCCUGCACAUGGCUGCGCUUCGGGCUGCAGCGAUUGAGGAGAGACAAAAGGCGAGAAAGAACAAGGAGCUGCGCAGGGCUCUGGAUGAGACUAACAUACGACUGGCCCAGGCUCAGCAAGAACAGAGGAAGAAGGACGACAACAUCCCUGACGAGAACUACUUCUCCCAGUUCAAUACGUGCAGCAGAUAGUAAUCUCAUUUGAUAUGUUUAAAAAAAAAAGGAAACAUGAUAAUAAAGAUCGUGUUCAAGAA